AUGAGACCUAGGAAGAAGAUCAAAAUGAGCGAGACGGGGUCCUACAGGACGGCGUGGUCGGCGCCGCCGCCGAAGCGGCCAGCGGGGCGGACCAAGUUCCGGGAGACGCGGCACCCGGUGUACAAGGGGGUGCGGCGGCGGGGAGCGGAUCGGUGGGUCUGCGAGGUGCGGGAGCCCAACAAGAAGUCCAGGAUUUGGGUCGGCACCUUCCCCACCCCCGAGAUGGCCGCCCGCGCCCACGACGCCGCCGCCCUCGCCCUCCGCGGCGCCUCCGCCCCCCUCAACUUCGCCGAUUCCGCCUCUCUAAUCCUCCGCUCCCUCCCUUCCUCCUUCUCCGGGCCCCGUGACAUCGCCCGCGCUGCAGCCGAGGCUGCUGAGGCCUUUCCCCCGCCGUCGACCGCCGAUGCCGCCGCCGCCGCUGCCGCCGAUGAGUCCGCGCCGUUGCUGUUGCAGUCGGAUCCGGAUGCGUUCGGAUCGGCGGCGUGCGACGUCGGUGAGUGGACGGAUGUGUACUACGCGAGCAUGGCGGAGGGGCUGGUAAUGGCGCCGCCGACGGUGGCCGGAGGAGGGUACGGCGAUUGGGACGAUGAGGAUGGAGGCGGUGAGGUGUCACUGUGGAGCUACUAA